AACGGACCCUUUGCUCUUGCUACAGAGAUGGCGCUCUCUGAAGGAAUUUGAGACCUUGAGCGACUUACUCUAUCUGGACCACCGUCACAGGCCAGCAGAUAUAGGACCAAGAACAAUUAGUGCAUCAUCUUCAUCUUCAUCAAAAGCUUCUGCAACUCCAUCAAGAAGUGAAGAUAUUUCUUCAAAAGUUCGUCCCGCAACGACUGCAAGAAGUGACACUAAUAGUUAUAGUGCCAACAUAAAAAGAAAGAUACAAGAACAUGAGGAUCUUCAAGUGGAAGCAGAUGAGGGAGAAGAAGGAACUCUUGUACUAGGUCGUGGUGUAGAAGAGGUAGCUGAACAAAGGUGGAAGAACAAGGUGGAAGAACAAGAUGAACUAUAUGCUGAGAAGAAGCACGAGGACUCCCAUGAACAGACAGGAGAUGAAGGCGCAGCACAAGAACUACAGCAGCCAGGUGGAGAUGAAGCCGCACAAAAAAGCCGCGAUGCAGCUGCUGGAGAACACGAAGAUGACCAACAGCUACUUCUACUUCGAGAAGAACAACACGAAGAUG